AUGGCGGGCCGACCGCUUUUACGAGAGCUACGAACAAGCAAUGAGUCAAUAUGCAGAUCAUGUCGACUGGCGAUUCGACAACGACCUACACCACGAAUGUCAGCAGCAUAUAGUACCAAAUCCAUAGCGAAGCAUUCGAUCGAUGAUGCUGCAAAACGGAAACCCACCAAAUUCGAACUCAAACAGUACAUUGACCGAAUAAAAUCUCUUGGAAACCCCGGCAAGGAUGAUAAAGAAUCGUUCAGCGUGCGAUUCUUCGAACAAAACGACAACAAGAGGACAGAGCUUCCGGGCGAAGGAGCUUUUGACGACUCACUGAACGAAGUGGAUACAUCGGGCUUGAGAGAAGCUCUCUUGGAAAUCAAGGACGAUAUCGGCGGAAAAGACGAAAAGGCGGCUUUCCAAGAUGUGGUCGAUCAACUGGGCAACGAAUGGCAUAGAAUGAAGUCAGCAGAUGAUCUGGAAAGAAUUAUUGCAAAAUUGGAUGCAUAUACCGCUGCGAUCGAUGAGGAAAUCGACAAAGAGGGUGCAGAUUUACCCAAGGAGAUGCUGGAGAGAUUGGAUUCGGAACUUCCAGGAUUGCCUGGACUUGGAUCUCUUGGCUCUCGAGUAACAAUCCCUCAAAUUCCAGAAAAGCCGUGGACGAACAACCAACGGAGGAAGAUUUCUCGUCUCAAUACCGUUCUGUCUCAAGCCGCCAGGAAUUAUCGCAGGGGUAUCAAGCUUUCAACAAAGACAGUGCAAAGCGUGUACAAAAACUAUCACUCAACUAGGCUCUCUCUUGCUCAAGGUUGGAGUCAUGUGCCGCUUGAAGUUUGGAAUUUGCUAUGGAAGAUCUUUUCAGUAGAUGAAUCUGUCAAUAUCCAUCGCCUCUCACACAUUGCACUCCUUGCCCGCGACAUGAGCGAGGCCAAAGUUACUCUGAGUCCUGCUCAGCAGCUUUUGACGAUCGAGGCUGCGUUUGUUGAUGGAUGGGAGUCGAAGGCGACCGAGAACUGGAAACGAUGCAUAGGCACGCUGGGCGACCAAAAUGCUGAGACAUUUCAGGAGUUUUGGGAGCUUGGUGUGAGAAUGUACUGUCGUACGGGAGAUCUAGACCAGGCGCAGCGCGCCAUUGGCAAGCUGAUCCAAAACCAAUCUGAUCCUCGAAUUCUGAUGCCUAUCAUCCGGACAUGGUCUGAGCUAGGUACGGAAGAUGGCAAGGAGAAAGCUUGGGCAGCGUACCGCCAGCUGCGCGAACUUCUGGGUGAGCGCAUGGAGCUCGCCGACUACGACCAAGUCAUAUCGUACUUCCUGACUACACACCAGACCGAGAACGGCUUAUACGCUUUCGUUGACAUGAUGAGCGAUGGCAAGAUCGACUUGAAGCAGCAAAAACGCCUGCCGUCAGUCGUGGGAAACAAGUUCUUCUUUGGAAAGUGGCUGAAGAGACUGAUUGGUGCGGGCGACCUGAACGGAGCCCACAGUGUUGUAGAGUUUAUGGGUCAGAAGGGCAUCGAGCCGGCUCCUGUUCAACUGAACGGUCUUAUUGCAGCAUGGCAACGCGCGGGAGGCGUUGAGGAUCUUGAGAAGGCGGAUAAGAUGGCUUGGGGCAUGAUUGACACUCGAAUUGAAUUUGUCAAGGCCAGGAAAGAAGCCAUGGAUUCACAAGAUGGACUUCCAGGCAAGAGAAAUCCCCAAGCACUACCGCGAGCGACGCUAGAGACCUUCUCGCUGCUAGCAGAGAACUAUCGUCUACGAGAUUUGCACGGUCGCAUCCUCGCGCUCUGGGAUGCCUUCCACGAGGCGGAGAUGAAGGCCGACUCAUUCGUCAUCAACCAACUCCUCGAAUCCUAUAUUCAAGCAGGACAGUUCAAAGAAGCCCUGGAGUUAUAUCAGAAGCUCGUGGUGGAGAAAGGCGUCGAGCCUGAUCCUUUUACGUUCAGCGCACUGUGGAAGACCCUUUCUAUCAACCGACUACACAUCGCAGCUGGUCCUGUCGCUGGCCAGGUCGAGCAAACUCGAUCUAUGUUUGCCGAGACAAUCAAGUUCCAGCACGUCUUUCUGCCUGACGGUAUGGACGGGCAGAUCGCUCGCAAGAUCCUGCACACGUUUCGUCGUAUCAAGGAUAACGUCGGUCUCGUCGUUGCGUUAACGACCCUUCGAGAGGGGUUUCGCUUCCUCCCUCCCGAGACGCUUGUCCUCGAGAUGGUUCUUGAAACGACAAAGUUAGCAUGGGAUUCCCCCACCCAUCGACGCCGUCUUGUGAACGCCAAGCGCGAUCUCGAUCAAAGUCUUGCCGCUUCGGCCGAUGGUGGUGUCUCAAAUCUCGAAAACGAGCGUCGUGCUAUAGCUCUGUUCGACUACCUGCUGAGGCAGUACUGGCCUGCUGAGGGCGACGAAGCUCACAAGUCAAAGUUGUUCAAAGAGGCGGCGGCGCAGAUGGGAGUGUACGAUCUGUUGAAAAAGAGUGUAAAACAGUAA